AUGGCGGUGGUGGCGUGCCCGUUCCCCGAGACGACCCGCGGCCUGCUCUCCAAGCCCUUCUACGCGUCGGUCGCCGGUGACAGGCUCUUCGUCAUGGCCUACCGGCACGUGGAGGAGCUCGGCCCGCAGCCGCCGCACGACGACGACCGGCCCCCGCCCGCCUGGUCCUGGUCCGGGGUCGACGACGCGGUCCCGCCCUUCUGCCCCCAGUACGUCACCUGCCAGGCGCGGCACCCGGACGGGCGCACCGUGUUCGCGUCGGUCGCGGGGUGGCGGCCCGGCGGCGCGCAGAUCCGACAGCAGAGCACCUACUCGUUCGACGCCGACCGCCGCGGGUUCCGCUACCACGGCGAGUGGCUGCUGCCGUUCCGCGGGGAGGCGCACUACGACGGCGAGCUGGACGCGUGGGUCGGGCUCGCCGACGAGGCGGCGCCUGGGCACGUCGCGUCGUGCGACGUGCCGUCGAGGCGGGCCGAGCCCGCCGGCGAGGCCAGCGAGGGGCCGGACUGCAAGGUCAGCGAGGAGAGGCUGUUCGACUUCGACUUCGAGUCGGCGGGGCACCUCGGGGCCACGCUGGUGUACAUGGGAGGAGGCAGCAGGUACUGCCUGGUUGAGUGCUGCGCGCAGAGCGGUGACGACGACGACGACCCGCGCUGCCGCCGCCGGGUGGUGCGGAUGACCACCUUCGCUCUCAAGUACGGCAAGAAGGGGGAGCUCCGGAUCGUCGGCCGUGGGGGGAGCGCAUCCAUGGCGUACACGGUGGCUCAUGACAUGAUCAAUCCGCCGACACAGAGUCCUACCGCGUUCUGGAUGUAA